CCACGCGAUCAAGUAGGAAUCGUUGCACUGACGGUGGGAGUCGGAACGUGAGCGCUACAAAUACAUUGAUCAGCAAUCAUGAGUUUGUUAACAAAGCCCAAGUCGGAAAUGAGCCCAGAAGAGCUCCAGAAACGUGAAGAGGAGGAAUUCAACACAGGCCCCCUGUCGGUGCUCACCCAGUCGGUCAAGAACAACACACAAGUCCUCAUUAACUGUCGCAACAACAAAAAGUUGCUUGGUAGAGUCAAGGCUUUUGACAGGCACUGCAAUAUGGUCUUGGAGAACGUGAAGGAGAUGUGGACUGAAGUUCCCAAGAGUGGCAAAGGAAAGAAGAAGUCAAAACCGGUGAAUAAGGAUCGCUACAUCUCUAAAAUGUUUCUUAGAGGGGACUCUGUCAUUGUUGUGCUGAGAAAUCCUCUCAUCACAGGAAAAUGAACUAAAUGGUGUUCUGUGGAUUUGCCCAGGGUCUAUCUUUGUUUUUCAUGCAAAAAGUUUUUUUUUUUCAUAAUUUUUUUGUUGUUGUUGUUUCCCAAUGUUUAAGGCAAAGUGCCCAAAGAAAAUAAGGAUUUGAUUUGUAUACAGAUAGCUUCUGUAUUUUUCAAUUUAAUAAUAAAAGUGAAAGUAAUUGCAGCUUA